AGAUUUCUUGGCGCUAGUUACAUGUGCCAACUUGUAUCGAUCAGUGGUAGUGUCACAAAUAAUAUCAGAUAAUAUGGAAUCCUGCAUGACACACGGCGAUAAUUCAAUGUUAUCUUUUCAAUUUUGUCAAAACUUUAUAAUGUUGAAUUGACUGGAAUUGACACUUGUGUAUUGCUAGAAAAAAUUGCACUUAUACAUCGUUUAAUAUGAUUAUGCUUUUGAGAAAAAUCUAAAUGUAAAUAACGUGUAACUAAGGCUUAUAUUCAACGAUUUUGAAGGUUAGAAGUGGUGGUUCCUUUUAUGCAGAAUCGUACUAGAAAAUUCAGAAAAAAUGUAUUUUAAUUUUUGUCAACGGUUGACACGGACUUGCACCAGACAGAUAUACACUAGUGUGUCACAAAAUUUAAUGAAAUCACACUCUGACAACUUGGUCGAAAAGAAAUUGCGCUCUACAGCCUUAUAUUGGACUGGACUCGGAGUUCUAGUAGUUGGAUUGAGUUAUUCUGCAGUACCUUUGUACAGAAUGUUCUGCCAGGCAUACAGUUAUGGUGGAACAAUAAAAACUGGUCAUGAUACUAGCAAAGUUAGCACAAUGUCACCUGUCAAAAAUAGGAAAAUUAAAAUUAAAUUUACUGCAGAUAUUGCAGCGUCAAUGCAGUGGCAUUUUAAACCGCAGCAAAUGGAGAUCACAGUUGUUCCUGGAGAAACAGCUUUAGCAUUCUACACAGCCACAAAUCCAACAGAUACACAAAUUAUAGGAAUAUCUACUUAUAAUGUUGUACCUUUUGAAGUAGGACAAUAUUUCAACAAAAUACAAUGCUUUUGUUUCGAAGAGCAAAUGCUUAAUCCUCAUGAACAGGUUGAUAUGCCAGUGUUCUUUUACAUUGAUCCAGAAUUUGCAGAGGAUCCAAAAAUGGAAUUUACUGAUGAAAUAAUUCUCUCUUAUACAUUUUUUGAAGCUAAACCAGGAUUUGAACUGCCUGUGCCGAGUUAUGUCAAAAGUCACUUGACAAAGUGAAACCUUCUCUGUGGUAAAGACACUCCUCGGCGAUAUGUAAAGGCCCUUCAAUGUCUCGUAUCGCCUUUUCCAAAACACAUCGACAAUCCUGAAGUCUCUCGAUCUCAUGAAGCAUCCUCUCCAGCUCCGACGACACCUCAUUACGCCAAAA